UGGAGGGCGGGCUGGGCGCCGCGGGGGCGGGCGGGGCGCGGCCGGUGGCUCUCGGCCGCAGCACCCGCGGUGGCGGUUCCCCACACGGUGCGGGAUGGAGACGGAGGAGCAGGGUUGCGUGGCCGCCUGGUGGGACAUGGUCCUGCGGAACCUGCGAUCUAUUCCACAGCGCUGUGCGGCCCUCGGAAGAAAAAUCACCGCUCAGUACAACAGCUUUCGUAGUAAAUCACUAAAAGAACACAUUUUCCCUCCUCUGAUGGACAUGCUAGUUUAUUUUAAUUUUUUCAAAGCACCGUUUCUUGUGGAUUUAAAGGACCCAGAGUUAAAGAUUCCUCACACAGUGAACUUCUAUAUCAAAGUUGAGCCUGGGGUGAUUCUGGGAAUCUGGCACACAGUCCCCAGCUUCCGGGGGGAAGACGCUAAGGGGAAGGACCGUUGCUGGUAUGAAGCUGCCCUUCAUGAUGGCAACCCAAUUAUAGUGUAUCUUCAUGGCAGCGCAGAACACAGGGCAGCUUCUCACAGGCUUAAACUAGUUAAGGUGCUGAGUGAUGGUGGCUUUCACAUCUUGUCUGUUGACUACAGAGGGUUUGGGGACUCUACGGGUACGCCCACAGAGGAGGGACUGACUGUGGAUGCUAUAUAUGUCUAUGAGUGGACCAAGGCGAGAAGUGGUAACACGCCCGUAUGUCUCUGGGGCCACUCUCUGGGGACAGGAGUUGUGACAAAUGCUGCCAGAGUACUGGAAGAGAAAGGCUCCCCAGUUGAUGCCAUUGUUCUGGAAGCUCCAUUUACCAAUAUGUGGGAUGCAAGUAUCAAUUAUCCCUUGUUAAAGCUGUGUGUCUGAAGGAGAAGAGUGGUGUUGACUGUCAGUCUUACCUCUCUGAGCUUCCCUUCUCUCUGGAAUCUGGAUCACUCAAGACCUCAGUGCCUUGGUAGGUCACUGACACCUUCACAAAAAAGUUUUUUAAAAUAUCUUUUCCAGCUUUUCUAGCUGUCUUUGGCAAAAGAUUUGUUCUGUAACUAUUCUUGUAUUAU